CCUCACACACGGGUACAUGUCAGACAUCAAGAGAAUCUCAGCAACAUCCAUCUUCUUCGAGUCAAUGCCCUACAAACUUGACCUGGAGGUGACGGCGCGGCUCUUCCGCCCUCGUCUCAUCAUCGCCGGCACCAGUGCGUACGCCCGCCUCAUCGACUACGCUCGCAUGAAGAAGGUGUGCAAGGAGGUGAAGGCAUACCUGCUGGCGGACAUGGCGCACAUCAGUGGGCUGGUGGCAGCCAAGGCCAUCCCUUCGCCCUUCGAGCACGCGGACCUGGUCACCAGCACCACACACAAAACCCUGCGCGGCGCCAGGUCAGGACUGAUCUUCUACCGCAAGGGUGUGCGCUCGGUGGAUAAGAAGACGGGCAAGGAGAUGCUCUAUGACCUGGAGGACAGGGUCAAUUUUGCUGUCUUCCCCUCCCUGCAAGGGGGGCCCCACAACCAUGCCAUCGCUGCUGUGGCCGUGGCCCUCAAACAGGUUUGUGCCGGGGCGGGGGUGGCUGAGGGUGCUCGGGGCUGGCCUUCACUCAUCACCCCUUUCCCUUGCUCCCCAGGUGGCACCGACAACCACCUGGUGCUGGUGGACCUGCGGCCCAAGGGCAUCGACGGCGCGCGGGCUGAGCGGGUGCUGGAGCUCGUCUCCAUCACUGCCAACAAGAACACGUGCCCAGGGGACAAGAGCGCGCUCACGCCAGGGGGGCUGCGCCUGG